AAGAUGUCAUCUCAAAGAAAAUGCUGCAGCUCUCACGGAAGCUUCAGAUGAAGGAUCUAGUUCUGGUUAUCAGAAGGGCACGGCUAUAAUUCGGAUCUUCAUCGCUAAGGAGCAUCUGAUGUAGAAUAAUCUUCAUACUCUGAGGAUGCGAAUGAGUUAUCAAAUAAUGUUCAUCUCUGGGACCAAUUUUCAAGAUGCUUUAUUCAAUUGAUUUUUCCGACCAACACUGCGCUUUUUGUAACAACUCAAGAUAAAACAUCAUUUACUUUUAUGACUCUAGAUUUACGACAAAGUUUUAAAAGGUAACUACUUAUUUUGUUCCUUGAAGAUUAAAAGAAUAUGGCCAAAUCAGCCAAAUCACAAAGACUUGUCAAAGGUAGGAAUGAUGGAGCUGCCAGUUGUCAAAGGCCAUCGGUUAACAGCCAGUGGUCUGUAUGGUAUUGUGUCUUCGCUUUAGGAUUGCAGAUCUAUAUUAUGGCAACAAGUAUUCAAAGGUUUACUCGCUACGUUUCUCUACCAUGGCCUCCUCAAGGACAACCUUAUUUUGAAUUGAACGCCUACGUUGCCUUCAUUGGAGCUGCCGUUGUUUUGAUGCCAUUUUUCGUGAUAUUAGGUCUCAUGAAAGUAGGCAAUUAUGCUAAUGACGGGCACAAAAUAGGAAAUGAAGAGCCCGAUAUGGUUGUCUAUCAAAAUUUACGAAAAAAGAAGUAUUGUCGCUGGAUGAAGUCUUUAUGGAAGCAUGGGGGUCCUCUUGCCCCUCUGGUACAUUUAGCAGCUUCAAUGUGCCUUUUACUUCCGAAGCUGCUUGUAGAAGCCCAGUUAAUAAAACAUGGUUUCCUUUCAAAAGGAGCAAUAUGGAGAACAGAUCUGGAUUUUCUUAUAGCUCACAAAGAUCGCUUGGUAACCCUGCGUUUCAUUUCCACUUUAAAUGUAACUGAAGUAUGGGGACAACAAGUUGAUGAUUCACCAAGACCGUAUCUUAGAUCAGAAAUUCAGUCGGAAGAACAUGCUGUACUUUCCACUGAGCUUAUAAAUUAUGCUAUAGCUCUGCUCGUAUUUGCUGUUCGGUAUCCUGCUGUUUUCUGGAGUGCUAACAAAUGCUACGGAUUCUUGUUCAGUUGUUAUAUGCUGUUUACAGCGUCUCAGCAGCUCUUGGUGUUUGCUGGAUUCACAAUUUUGUACAAAGUACACAUUUGUGGGUCAAGAGAUGUUUUGCUGAGAUUCAGCUCUUUGCUGCUUAGUGUAAAACUAACCGUGUUGAUAUUUUUUCUGUACAGCAUACUCUUAGCAGUAUCUGGAACCGUUUUGUAUUUUUACGGUCUUCAAAAGUAUAAAGAAUGGGUGGACAGUCGAUUGCAAUGUCAGCUUAUUCGUUGGAAAAAAGAAUCUCGACGUUUGUGGGGCGUUGCACCACAUUUGACUGCUUUCCUGUUGCUUAUAUCCACAGCGGUAUGUGCAGGGCCAUUAAUGUACGACUAUACACUAGUGUAUUGUGGAAGUUUGGAUGGCAUUGUCUUGGCUGGCGUAACGGGUACAAUAACUCAUUUGUUCCUUUGGAUUGUUCUGUGGCUCAUUUUAACAAUUAAACAUAAAUGGAUGUUUGUCUCGUCUUCUGUAAGCAACAACCUCCAAGCCAACGGAUUUAAAGGCGCUGGUCAGGAUGCUCCACUUCUCGUUAUAGAUCAUGGUCAGACUUAUCAAGUCAGAGAAAGAGAUUCAAGAAAAGCUAUCCUUAAUGUAGUUCAUAAGUCAAUUGCUUCUAUUCCAAAGAUAUCUCCAACCGAAGAUGAUGAUAUUUAUUGGCUCAAACCUAAACCUCCACCUCCGAAGGAUGAGCGAACUUCAACUUGGCAUAAAAAUCAGAGAAAAUCUCCAGGACCGAAACAUAAAGUCAUAUUUCAAGAUGGUCUUCUUGGGUCUACAGCUACUUGUAAGAGAACUAGGUCUCUUAAAAAGUCUCCAAAAGUUGCCGGACGUUUCAAAAAGCAGAAUGUGAAAUUCGAAGAACUGUCAGAUUCUGAUGAUGGAGAUUACGCUACUUUAAGAGACAUGACAGUAGUCAGAGAAGAGGGAGAUGGUGAGGAUGGAAUUCUUUGCAAGAGGCUGCGCCCAAGAGAAGGGGAUGAUGUGAUUAGAAGAGAUUAUGAGAACUUAGAAGUUCCAGCCUACUUCUCGAAAUAUGAUGAGCAUAAGGAUGAAGGAAAUAUUAAAGAUUUUGAAAAUCCAUUGAAUUCUCAUUUACGAGUACCAGUAUCUGUUCAUCGUCAGCCAUCUAACGUUUCGAGGAGAACUGAUUCUGGUGUUUCCGGAGGAGAUGCUGGUGAUAUAUCUCCAAGAUCUGGUUCAGUCAGCGAAUCAUCAACUUCUCCAGAAAAGGGAACCAGUGAAUCUUCAAGCGGUGUACAUUCUAAUAGUAGUGCAGGAAACAAACGUUCAUCUAGUAUGGAAAACGUGGGAAUAAUUUCCUUUGCUAAGCCUCCUUGGAAAAGUAUGUCUUUACAGAGAGGUGUGGUUCCACCAACUAAUGAAACGCCUUAUUCCCAUGUUUUCAGACAGAACAAUGCAAUGACUAUUCAACGAAAACCAAACGAGGCUUCCAGCGCUUAUGUUGAGCCCUUUGGAAGAGCUACUAACGUGAGACUGACAUCCUUCACAGACCAUUCGGAUUUUCCUCCUCCAGUCAUUAAUAGUGGUAGUUCAAAGUCUCCUCUGCAAUAUACGUCAGGAAAUCUGCAGACAAUUCCUACCCAUCAAAGAAGAGACUCUGCAAAUUAUUCUCUCGCUUCAUCAGCUGAAUCUGAAUCUAGUGUGCAACAUACAUAAACAUGUACAGUGUUUAUUGUGACUGGAAGUUUUGUGAUCUGUAUGUGCAUGUGUGUAUCCAUGAUAAAAUAAUUACCUGACAUGAGAUAAAUACAAUACUAUGCAAAUCCUUAUAAAAAUAUGAAAGUGGUCCUUUCCAAUAUUGUACAUUCCUUUGUAAAAUCAUCUAUUCUAGCGUAGAUGCUCAAUAUCUAUAAAAUCUAAACUGUACUUUCAAUAAUUUUAAUAUCUAUGUAAUGUUUACCAGUGUUUGUCAGCAUCUCCAUAUCAGUAUGUGUGAAAAUCACAAAAAAGUGGUGCAAAGUGAAUUAAUUUCAUUCCUUUUCUGUGUACAUGUUAUCGCACAAUAUGCUCGUGUAAUAACCGUUUAAUGAAGCAUUACAACUUUUAAUUGGGGAAUAAAAAGCAUAUACGGAAUUAUAAUUCCAUAAGAGUAAUAAUUUUGAAAUUGUUUUCGUAUGAAAGGUUGUGUUUUCAAUGUAUGUGUUUGACCUUAAUGUUUAAAGGAUUUUAAAUAAUAUGUUGUCGCGUAAUCUAAUAUUAUCUUUUUAAUUCUCUGAAAUAAUACAAUAAAUACCAUCUCUCCUCUAUAUCAGUUAUUAAGUACUCAACUGUUCAUGUUUUUAAACAAACAAACAAACAAAAGAGACAAAAGGAUUUCAAAAGAACCUCUUUUAUCGGAAAUAUACGUAGACGUAAUUUUUUUUAUUUUAUACUAUGCACUCCUAAUAACAACACUGUGUAUAUAAUUCAAGUAGUUACUGUUAUAUAUACUCUUAAUGUCACCUUAAAUGUUAAAGAGUGAUUUGAGAGAACAUUUAAUUCCUUCUCUCGUAUAACAGCAUAUUUGUGGCUGCAAUAUCGUGAUAAAAUAAGCGUAGUUUUAUUACUUCCUUUACGUGUCAUAACCCCUAUAAAAAAUUGUAUUUGACUAUAUGAUUGCGAUUUUAAACAGAAAACUACUGCUCCCAUUUUAACAAUGUUCAACGCUGCAUUUAUGUUCACUGCUAUUUAUAAUGUUCGUCCGUUUCGCUGAAAUUUCCUAAUAGAAUUAGUAAACUAUGUACGGCAGUGGAAAUCUGUUACCUGAGUGUUGAAUUAUUUUCGAUAUUGCAAAUUUUUUGAGCUUGUACGUAUUUUUGAAUCACAAUUUACAAAAUCGUUUUCGUUGUUUUCAACAAAAAAUUGUAAUAGAAUGUUCAGUCUUGAAUACCUCAUUGAUAUAACUUAUUAAAAUGAUACAUUAGCCUCUGUAUGUGCUAUAUUUGUGCUUCCAUUCUCUAUUAAAUACUAUUAAAACUGUACAACUCAUGCUUAAAAAAAAGGGGUCUGUUUUUAAAACAAUUCCUUUUUUAAUUCUUUUUCAUGGCAUAUAUCAAAAGUAACUGAAAUAGAUGUGUAAAUGCAAUAAUAAAAAUACGUGUAAAAUAGCAAGUCGGCUCAUCAAUUUUGUAUAUUCUUUUUUUUUUGUAUUGGGCAAAUAUAUUUGUAUGAAUUUUAUUAUAACAUAAAAUUAAAAUAAGAAAAGCAAAUAUAGAUGUUAGCCUUUGUUUUUAAAUAUAACAAUAAAGUAUCAGUAAUUUUUUUAUUUAUUAUUUACUGAUAAUCAAUAAAUUGUUGAAAUCUUUUAUUAUGCC